GGUAGAAGCAGGAUCAGUGUGUUACUGUGCUCUGUAUUAAAAUCAUGUAUUAAUCCUGAUCUCAGGUCAGUAGAAUCACUGGUUAUACUGGACUGGUUUGAGAGAGAUGUGGGUUUUCGGGUACGGCUCGCUGAUAUGGAAAGUUGAUUUUCCGUAUGAGGAGAAGCAGGUGGGUUUUGUUCGUGGCUUCAGUAGAAGGUUCUGGCAGGGCAGCACUGAUCACAGAGGAGUUCCGGGCAAGCCUGGACGUGUGGUGACAUUAAUUGAAGAUAAUGAGGGUUGCGUUUGGGGUGUUGCAUACAAGUUGCCCUCAGGCAGAGAGCAAGAGGUCAAGGAGUAUCUGGACUACAGAGAGAAAGGCGGGUAUAGGGUGAUGACUGUAACAUUUUAUCCUAAAGAAAACGAGCAUGAGCCGAUCCAGGACACUCUGCUCUACAUUGGAUCCUGUGACAACCCAAACUACCUCGGUCCAGCACCUCUGGAACUGAUCGCACAGCAGAUCCUCAGGUCAGUCGGACCCAGCGGCAAGAACACAGAAUACUUAUUCGAGCUGGCCGAUGCUCUGAGGGAACUGGUGCCUGAGGAUUCAGAUGAUCACCUUUUCUCUUUGGAGUGUCUUGUCAAAAAACAGCUACAGGAGCUUGCAGAGUAACAAAUGAUGAGCAGAUUAUUCUACAUACAGUUGUGUAUUCCUGUCUUCCAGAAAGAAAAUCUGUUAAAAUGCUUCAAGUGGGGAAAUAAGUAGAGAUGGGACGAUCGAUCGGCUAUGAAUCGGUAUCGGCCGAUUUUUAAUCAAAAUGUGCUAUCGGCGAUCGGCCGAUAUUUCCUAAAAGUAGCCGAUCCGAUCGUGUGAUAUAUAAAAGAUCACGUUAAGUUAACAGCUCAGUGGAUUGAUCCAGACUUUGAGCUACAAAGCGCCAACCAUCGCAUCAAAAUUCGUCAACAAUCGUACAGAAACCAUCGUGAAAGCUCUUCAUGACCUAAAAUAACAUCAUUAACGUUGUGCAUCAUACAUACGAUGUAAUUUUGCUGAUUGAAAUAUUUACUUUAAAAAGAUAAUUCAA